AUGAAGAUCUCGAUCCCCUCGAUCCCGGAAACGUCUUCGCGCGCCGCCAUCGAGUAUACCCUGCAGCAUGCCGCCGAGCUCGUCGCCGCCUUCCUCUCUAACGCAAAGGGAAAAGGCCUCAUCAUGACCGGUGCGGGUGCCUCGGUCGAUAGUGGAAUCGCGCCGUAUCGUGGCGAGAAUGGGCAUUACACCGUGCACAAGACGUAUAGGCCCAUCUUCUACCACGAGUUCAUCGACGAGUCGCCAAAGGGCCACCUGGCCAGGCAGCGCUACUUCUCCCGCUCCUACCUCGGCUUCCCGCCCGUCCGCACCGCCCAACCCAACAAGACGCACUACUCGAUCGCGGCCAUACAGCGGCUGGGCUAUGUGCCCGAGUUUAUCACCCAGAACGUCGACAAUCUCCACCAUGCGGCGACCCCGUCCCCUUCCUUGGCGGCGUCGACUAUCCUCGAGCUGCACGGCACGUUGAAGAACGUCGUCUGCGUGCAGUCGCCGCCUGCCUACGACCGGUCAGCAAGUCGGACGCCCCUCGACCGGGACCUGUACGACAUCCUCUCGGCCUCUCACCUCCAAGGACCCCGGUCGGUGCGGCCCGUGACGGGCAACACGCCGACUGGCGACAACUAUCCGCGCGGAUGCGGCUUCCGUGGCUCGAGAGCGGCGUUCCAGGAUGAGCUUACACGCCUCAAUCCGAGGUGGGCCCAGCUGGCGCGAGAGAUGCAAGAGACGGGCAAGUCGCCAAAGACGAACCCAGACGGCGAUGUCGACCUCGGCGACGUAGACUACUCGACCUUCAACUACCCCUCGUGCCCCAGCUGCGGCGGCGUGCUCAAGCCCGCCGUCAUCUUUUUUGGCGAGUCGGUGCCCGACGUGCUGCGCGACCACUCGUACCAGCUGGUGCGCGACGCCUCUGCGUUUCUGCUGGUGGGCACGUCGCUGGCGACCUACUCGGCCUUUCGGCUGGUCAAGCAGGCCGUCGAGGACGGCAAGCCCGUCCUCAUUCUCAACAAGGGCCCCACGCGCGCCGACCCGAUCGUGGACAACAAGAUUGAGCUCGGCAGCUCAGAGGUGCUCAACGCCACCGCCCGGCUGCUGUCGAGCGGCCGGGAGGAAAAGGACCACGUCCUCCGGCGACUGCUCGAGAGCGGCGUCACGCUCGUGCCCAACCAGAGGCAGGCGGUCGUCUCGAGUUGA